UUUUAACCUAGACAAGAUGAGAGAUCAGGGACUAAUAACGGCUCAGACUUUGUAGCAUUGUAUUAAUCGUUUUAACAUACUCUCGUAUACUGGUAGCAUAUUGACAUUUUGCGAGAUAAUAAACCAUUUAUUGAACACAUCAAGAUUCAGAGAUAGGAGCGUUAACACAGAACCAAAUUCAAAUUAGAGCAUUAAGAUUUAAUUAAAAAGACUUGGGGAGGAUGAACGUCACAGUGGAGCUUGAUGAAAAAACAUGGGAGUCUAGUGGGAUAACAUCCAAUAUCAUGAAUACCAAGCAAGCAUUCAAUACCAAUGAAACAGAACUGCUAUCGGGUAAUUCAACACCUACAACAAAUAAUGGGGUUUCAAUUGGCAUUGGGGCAAUUGGCACGCAGACAUCAGAGGCAAUCAUCGCAAAUAGCACAAUGGACGUUAGAGGUGAUGCCACCCAGAAUGUAUUGAUGAACGAGAGUUCAGUGACGAUAAAUAGCUCAUCAACAAUGAAUGAAAUAUUGACGACGUCUGGUUUAUCAUCUGAAGCGGAUGCCUCUGUGAGUCAAGUUACAAUAACAUCAGAGGAAGCGACAAACUUGAAUAUGUCCUUCACUGCAUCAAGUACCACUAGCGAUACUUUAAUCAAUGGGACAGAUUAUGCUAGAGACUCUCAAGAGAUCUCCGAAUCUAUUACGAAUUCAACAUACAUCGCUUUGAAUAACUCUGUUGCUUCUCCCAAGUUCACACCGACAGAUCAGUCUCUAUUAAAUCUAACUAUUACACGUGACCUGACUGAACCAACCCAGGGUGUAAUAACCUCUGUUUCUAAUCAAACCCUCGAUGAAACUAUGAAAUAUGUCGCCAACAGCACAGUUGCUAUGACAACAGUGAAAGAUGGCUCUACAACGAUUUCUGGUUCGCCGCUUACAGAUGGAUUUCUGCAUAUCAACGUGACAAGCCUAUUUGAAAAUGUCACUGAUUUCUCAACAACGAUUAAUCCUGUCACACAAAAUAGUAAUGUAACUAUGGCGAUGUAUAAUGCCACUAACACUUCUAACAAUACAGUAGGUUUGCUUGAUUCGUUGGAGAGCAGGUCCAACUACAUAUCAACAAUUCUUUUUCUUUUCAUCCUGAUUGCAAUUAUCAGUAAUGUGCUCUUCGUGGUGAGCGUUGCGGUGAAGAAAGAUCUCCAUCAUCUCACCUACUAUUUCCUGGUUUCCAUGGCAAUUAUGCACAUGGUGAUGAGUGUUGUUGUCAUGGUACCAAAUACGCUAACAGAAAUAGCAGGUCAUUACCACCCCUAUGUUUCCUGCAAUAUCUGGAUAUCUGUCGACUUCUUCUUCUGUAACUGCACAUUUCUCCAUAUGGCGUUUGUUAACAUGGAUAUAUUUCUCCGUCUGAAAGAUCCCUUGCGAGCACGUCAUAGAGCAAGCGUGUUGUCCACGUGCACCAGGAUGAUCCUUCCAUGGCUAGUGGCCUUUAUUCAGAGUUUUACUGAAUUCAUCGUAAGUCAUCAAGCCCGGGAAAGUCAACUCAUGUUAAAUGUUUGCCUCGAACCAGAUGGCAAUUUUUCAAUUCUUGGAAUCUUGCUAUCGUUCUUCAUCCCGUGUUUCUUUGCCGUGCUGUUCCAUUUUCUCAGUAGUAAAGAGGUCAAGAACAUGCAGAAUGAUGUCAAUGGGAAUAAUGACAUUUAUCGAUAUAUGAUCCAUGAUGCCAUUUUGGAUGAUGCCACUGAUCGGAGUUAUAAUGCGAUAAAUGAGGGAUCAACUAAUGGUAAAUCCAAUAUGGCGGCUGAUUUUGAUCAAAAUGAAGUCAGUGAUGAUGCAUCAAUGAGUGGAGCUGAGAGUGAUUUUAACGAUAUUGAGGAACAUAUGGAGGAUGAAUGUAACCAAGGCAACCAACGAUAUGAGAACUUUGUUAAUGCUGAAAAUGCCAUUUCUCUUUCCGAUCCACAUGAUGGUAAUACAGAUUCACAUGAAACCUACAGCACUAUACCAAUGGAGACAAUGAACACUCCAGAAAAUGACACCAAUCCAACAGGUCUAGCCAACCAUCUUCGAACAGGAGACCCAUCCCCAUCAUGCACCUUGUUGCUUAGGGACAACAUAGUGGAGACACCUAUCACCAAUGGAGGGAAUUGUCAAGAACACCAACCAACGGCUAAGGAGGUCCAUAAACUCCAAAAACGUAAGAAAAAACUUCUAUGGGAGUACCAAACAAUUGUUUUCUUACGGAAAGUUCUUAUCUUAUCGCUAUUAACAUGGACCCCUAUAUCUGUUGGUAUCAUAAUAUACGGACGCUGUGAGGACUGCCAGACUAUAUUCAUGGCAUACCUUAUCAAAAUUCUAAAAUGGCUGGCCUAUUGUGCAAGUUUUCUCCACCCGAUUCUGUAUGCUUUUUUUCAAAAGAAGAUUGGUCGAGCCUAUUGGUCUUUGUUAGCAUGUAAAGCAUGUAACAGACAACACAAGAGAGUAAUUCGGGGUGUGUCAUACUAAGCACUAAAAAUAUUGAGAUCUUCGAGUGAGAGAAUUAAGGACUCAUAUUCAGCUGAUGACAUACAUGUAUUGCUUUUUCAUUUAUCCUGUUGUAUUGGGUAACAUGUAAAUACUUCUAUAUUUAAAUGCUUUUCAUUGAGGACAAUUUGAUAUAUAGUUGUUCUAAGUGCAUGUAUCAUGAAGGCAAUAUAAUACUGAGAUUUUCUGAUGCUUUAAUCACAUGUUGUUCAAUGCAACUUUUAAACCAGUCUAGUGCUGCAUCCAAUUGACAAAUAUGUAGGGCGCCACUGAAUUGACACCUGAAAACAUGACAUCUAAGAUCAUUAAUUUGACACCCAAGAUCAUUGAUUUGACACUCAAGAUCAUAAAUUUGACACUCCAGGUCAUUGAUUUGACAACCAAGAUCAUUGAUUUGACACCCUGAUCAUUGAAUUCACAUCCAGGAUCACUAAAUGCACAUCUAAGAUCAUUAAAUUGACACUCAAGAUCAUUAAUGUGACACCCAAGAUCAUGGAUUUGAAACCCAAGAUCAUUGAUUUGACACCCAUAUAAAUAUAAGAACAAAUCUUAAUAUCCUAACCCACAUCAAUUUUUGCCAAAAUCGCUAAUGUGUAACUAAAACGGCUUUCCAAGAUGUUGUCAUGUCAGAAAAUAUUGUAAAUUACUUGCUUUUAAUAAAUGUUUUAACA